AUGGCGACGACGGAAGGCCAUGAACUUGCCGACACUAGCGCAAGCCCACCUUUGUCUCCUGCAUCCUCAUCAAGUACUCUGAGCUUACCACCAGACAACUUGCCAGAGACUUGGGAAGACCAAGUCAAGAUGGAGCAACCCACAACCCGCAGAAGAGUAAGUAUACCGCCAGAUAACUCUUCUGAUAACUUGAGCGUGAAGGGUGGGAUUUAAUUUGCUAAUAUUUGAGGUCAGGUGCGUGGCGUCAGCAAAGCAGAUGAGUCUACGGCUGCUACUUUAAGCGACCCCAGCAGCACCGACAACGCCGUCCCCCAAUUGCGUAUCAAACAACUUACCAUCUCCGAAUGGCACCCAGAAUCUAAGAGCGAUCCUUGGGCACUUCGGACUGGUACGAAGGAGCACCCCACAGAAGAGAGCAAGAGCGCAGUGAUCCUAUACGACAAAGUUGAGAGCGGUGGCCCGUCAGACGAGGUCUUCAACGAUCCAGCCAGCGUAGCUUCGCUGAAAUCCUCCUUCAAAGGCAUCCUCUAUGACACCAAAGGAAAACCUGACCUUCCACCACAUUUGCGAAAAUUCAACAAGAAGGGUUUCACCAUGCCUGAGCCGAUCCCGACGACGCGACCUGUGAGCGAAGCCGACACCAGAAACGAUGAUGUUGAAGAAGGAUGGGAUGGCUAUGUCAACGAUGAUGGCACUGAGAUGGAUGUUCUAUCUGUCAUUGGCAAAUUUUCUAUGGCAGCAAGAAAGGCGCGUGGAGAUGCAUCCCCCACUGUCUCUGCGCAAGGCCAGCCCUCACGACAAAACAAUCGGCAAACAUCUAAGCCUGCUUCUGUUAACCACACUGGCACUCGCCAAAAAGGUUCUGCUAAACAGAAGGGAAAACCUGCAUAUGCAGUUCCCCAACCAGAUCCCCGACCAGUUCUCCUACCAGUUCCACAACCAAGUGCACAAAUUCAACCUGUCGCCGCAGCUCCAACAAUGAUUCCUAGCCAGGCCAGCCAACGUCCACGUCAGCGUCACCAAGUCCCAGUCAUCACCGUUACUGCCCCAAGCUUCCAUGUUCAAGGUCCUGAUGAUUCUGUUUCUGCUGCCCAGACUGGAAUGGCUCAUCAACGAGCAGCUUCUACCAAUGUGUCUGCAGCCCAGAAAGCUAUCAUUCGUCCUCAAGCAGCCACACCUAAAGCAGUUGUUGUUGCUCCACGAAUGACCGCCCGUCAAGUAGCAGCUCUUCCUCGUAGAAUGACUGCUCGUCAAACUGCUAUUGCCAGUCAACGUGCCAUGGAACAAGAGUCAAUCGCUUCACAAGAAUCUGCAAUUCAACAAUCUCAACAAAGCGUCAAGAACCGACAAGCUGCCGCCAAUCGUCACAUCACUAGAAGCAAACGACCUGUUGGUCGCCCACGUCGUUCAUCUACUCAGCGUCCUAUUGUCAAUGCCCCUUCAGAUACUUCUGUUACUGAGGAAGCUUUCCCAAACCUACAAAGUCCCGCAAUUCAGCAAGCGGUUAUUGACUCAGCGACUCAUUUCAAUCCACCAGCUGGUGUCUCCCAACCUGUUUACAGAAGCAUUGCACCGCGCCCAGGACCAGGGCCUUCUAUGAUUGUCUGGCCUGUCGAUAAAAGACACCCAAUCGCUGAAACGCACGCUAUGAUAGUUGCACCAAACCCUGAUGAGUACCAGUCCCCAUACGCAUUGAUGCCAAUCAUCCAAGAGAGCAAUGUCAGAGGUACCGGCGCACCAGCCCAGGAGACAAAUGUUGGUGAGAGUAGCCUUAGAGCCACCUACCGACCACACAGAAAGCGCGCCAGUGUUGACCCUGAUGAGACAGAGGAUGAUAUGGACAUGGUUGAACGUACCAUUGGUUUCACAAGAAGCUUCUGA